GAGCGUUAGUUGAACAGAAUGAGGGACUCGCGGCUGAGCUCUCUUUCAUUCUUCUCUUGAACCAGAAAAACUCUUUUCUUUCUGUGUGGCUUUUAAUUCUUUUGAAUGAAAACCCCACUCUUUUUUUCUGUGUGGCUGUUAGACGAACUGUUCUUACAAGCAGUGCCACAGGCAUGGGUUUGGAUGUGCUAAGGCUGGAAAAGAAUUUGAAGUGAAAGGAAGCACAAGCACCAACUAGAUCAGAAAAUACUUCUGUACUUUCACAAUGCAGCUGGAAGGACAAGGCGCUCUCCACACUGCACAGCUGAAGGGGAAAACUCUUUGAAUGAAAGGAGAGGAAGGAAACAAAGCCAGCAGUCCCAGUAGCUCGCAGCCGGGCCCGCUUUGUGCUGUUAGGCAGGAAUUAGCCAAAUGCAUCUCUCCUGACAUGUGCGUGUCUCUCCUUUUGCUAUAUCCUGAUGAAUUCUGCAGGGUUUUACCCACAGAGAACUCUCUCUUGUAUUUACAAUAGGAGUUAAUUUGUCUGAGGAUUGAUCAGAAGCCUUAAAUGCCCAGCUCUCAGCCUUACCAGUACAAGGGACGACUCUGAAACCCUCUCGGUGUCUGACAUUUCUGGACCCAUCCCCAACAAACCUUUGCUGCCAGCUACCGCUGCUGAGUGCUGCACCAGCAAGGAUUAAACCUGCUCAGAGGAGAUUCUGAUCAAGAAAUCAGAUUUUCUAGGGUCUGGAAGAGCCAAUAUGUUGGAUCAGAUUCAUCUGCUGGCUGCCGUGACGGUCCUGGGAGUCCUGGAGCAAGCUUACUUCUUCCUCCAGGUGAUCUAUGCUAGGAGGGCAUUUGGCAUUUCUCCUCCAAAGAUCUCAGGCCCGCCUGAAUUUGACAGGAUCUUUCGAGCACAGGUGAACUCCUCUGAGUAUUUUCCCAUUUUCCUGGCACUUCUGUGGCAGGCUGGACUCUUCUUCCAUCAAGGUCUGGCUGCAGCCUUGGGUCUGGUCUAUCUCUAUGCCCGCUACCAGUUACUUUAUCGGAUACAAGGCCUCAUCCUCAGAAAGGCUCGCCCCGAUGUACUUUGGCACCGGAGUUCUCUGGAUUCUUGUUGCAGCAUCAGCACUGGGCAUCCUGCAUUUCUUCCUCUCUCACUACAUGGGGCUGAACGUCCUCCAGCUUCUCACAGCGUGACCCACUGCUCUGUAACCCAUCAGUGUCCUCAUCUUCGAGUCCUGCUCCCUCCUGCCCACAGUAACAGACUGCCUGCAACCAACACAGCUCCCAGUGACAAAUCCACCCUCGCUUGAGUUUUUAACACCUCCCUCCUCGCUGCCAAGCACUGACACAGACUGCUGAGCAUUUCAGGAGGUAUUUUUCCCCUGUGGCACUCUGGGUGCCAAGUGCUCCAUAUCUGGCAGCUCCAUCACUCCUGAUGUGGAAACAACAAUGCUCCAAAACAGGAGGAACUGUAGGAAAGCUGGACACAUACAAGCAAACUCAUCUCAGCCUGAGCUUCCCAGUGCGUUGCCCCAUGGAACUGCCAUGUGUUCCCCUUCCUCCAGAGGCUCUGCCUCCAGCCCAGGCACCAAAUGUGGGUUCAUUCCAGUCUUCCAUGUCCCACACCCAAGAAAGGCAUUUCUUUUUGAAACCAGAUGCGGGCUGAGGCAUAAGAAAAGAGGUGAGAGAUAAACAGAAGCAGCCACCAACAUGUUGUGCAAAAGUCUAUUAGUGCCCUCAUAAUGGUUAUUAGCCACUGCCCAUGGGCGAUGCUGUAAAUCAGAGCGCACAAACUCCUAAACGUUACUGCAUGUGUCACUGUGAAUACUGCUGAGCAACAUGCACAAAUAAAAAGGCACUGAGCUUGCUGUGCUGGGUGUCUCCUGGUGGGUCCACAGUUAGCAGAGGACAAAACCACGAAUGUUUGAGCGCAAGGUGGCUGCCUCAGUUUCCCUGCUGUGCAGUGCAACACAGCCUGCAACCCUACAUCCCGCGGGAAGAGAGCUCUGAGCAGGGAGAAGCUGAUUUUCAAAGGAUCUGAGCUCUGAAACUGGUGUCUGAGCCACUCAGCACCAAACAGUGGUCCCAACUGCUUGUUUUUCCCAGUGCGCAGGUCCCCCUCUGGGCUUCCUGAGACAGGAAGAGAUGGAUUUUCGUGGAGCCCUGCAUUCACAACACUGAUGCUUUUGGCCAUCAGUCUACUCAUGUCAGCAGCACAGCUCAGAAAACACCAGCAGUGCUCUGUGCCAUCGUCACGGGGGGGCUCACACCAAACCCAGAGAGCAAAAAUAACUGCAUUAACAUGCUGCCAGUCUAACCACAUAUCAAAGCCCGCCGUCCUCCCUUCCCAGCAGUGGGCAUAUCUAGACUAUAAGAACAAGAGGCAUGUUUUUCUUGGAAGAAGUGAUUAAUUUUUCACAUUGUUUCAUUUCCUUCCCUGCAUUUUAAAUUGGCUUAGCCAGCAAAGCCCCCAGUCCAUUUCCCUUUCAGGCUCUCGUGCCUUGGAGCUGUGCUGCUGCGCUGAAGUUGGCAAACACUGCAGGGAAAGGCUUAAACCCAAACAAAAAUAACUGUAAACCAGUUGUCUCUGCAAAGUUUUCAGCGCAGCAGGGCCCCAUCCUCACAGGACCCCCUGGGUGCCACCGCAAGAUAAACAAGGACAGAAUAACUUUCUUCCUAGCGUCUUUGAUAAUACACUUAGGAAAAGGCUGAGCAUUGUUUAACCCUGGCUGUGCCUUAGCGAGGCCAGGGAGGGACAGACAUGCCACCUGCUCCCAGUGAGAUUUUACUUAGCCUUUACAUUAACACAUCCCACCACCUCCUGAAGUCAAUUCUCAGUCCUCACCUUUUUA